AUGAGAAUUCUCAGUUGGAAUUUUCGGGGUUUGAGCAGCCCGAGUGCAAUUCCUAACCUGAAAAAAUUGGCUCAGCAGCACCGGCCCGAUGUUAUCUUUCUAGCGGAGACUCUGUCGAAUUCUCGGAAGUUGGAAAACAUUCGGGUUAUGCUGAAGUUUGACGCAUGUUUGUCUGUGGAUGUUGAAGGAAGAAGUGGUGGGAUCGCCGUUCUAUGGAAAAAUACCGGUAGUUGCAGCAUCAUAAACUACACAAGAAAUUUUGUGAAUGUUAUUGUCACUGAUAAAGACAAUAGUGCAUGGAGACUUACUUGUUAUUAUGGUUAUCCGGAAAGAAGUCGUAGGAAAUUGGCAUGGGACCUAUUACGAGAAACUCGUGACAUGUCAAACUUACCGUGGUGUGUUAUUGGAGAUUUCAACGAUCUCCUUUCCCAGCAGGAUAAAAAUGGUAGACUCCCCCACCCUAAUUGGCUAUGCUCGGGUUUUCGUCAAGCCGUGAGUGAUUGUAAUCUAUCCGAUAUUUCGCUUGAAGGCUACCAGUUCACUUGGGUGAAGAGUCGAGGCACCGACCAUAUGAUUGAAGAAAGACUUGACAGGGCUCUUGCCAACUCCGAUUGGUUGGCGACUUUUCCACAUGCUAAGCUAACUAAUCUUAUCGCAUCGCAUUCCGAUCAUAGCCCCAUCCUUUUAGAUUGCGAUCCGAUUCAGCAAGCUAGCAGGAGCUUUCAAUUUCGCUUCGAAAACAGUUGGUUACAAAAAUAUGGUAUAACAGAGGUGGUCAGUAAUGGUUGGCAUUGCGAGGAACAUUAUGAUGUAGUAAAGCGCAUUUCUACGUGUGCUGAAAGUCUAGAGAACUCCGGCAUUUGCGAAGAAAUAGGAGAGGUGAUAUGGAUCGGUAUAGGGCAGUGA